AUGGCGCGCGACCCUGUGUCUUCAGUAUUUUCGUCGGCCGCUGUCGACUCGCAUACGCCGCAAGAGAUGCCGUCUCCUACCCACUCUCUACCCGACCAGGGAACACCGCUGCUGUCAUCCCCCGCGCCGAACGAGGAAACGGCCGAAGAGAUCGAGGCCGCAUCGCGGGCGAGGAACAAGCACAUAUGGAGGCUAUGCUUUGCCAUCUUUGCUCUUGUGCAGGCAGCAAAUGUUGUGUUACGAGCGCCCUUUAUUCAACUGAGGGAGGACUCAGUUUGCAUGGCCGAGUAUGGCACAGCCGGGUCGUUGGGCGAAGACUGCAAGGUUCAGGCCGUCCAAGACGAGGUGACGACCUUGACCCAGUGGCAACAGCUGUUUGACACGGGCCCUGGGAUUUUAUUCGGUGUUUUCUACGGCAUGGCCGCCGACCGAUACGGCCGCCGCCCUAUACUAGCACUUGCCCUGGCAGGAAUGACCAUGGCCACUAUCUGGGCACAGAUUAUAUUAUUCUGGCCUCGUGUCUUCCCAACAAGGUUGACCUGGCUGUCGGUGAUAUUCCAGCUCGUAGGCGGUGGGAACCUGGUUGUGAAUGCGAUGAUAUUCGCCAUGGUGUCUGAUGUAACACCGGAAGAAAAACGAGCAUCAAAGUUUUUCCGGCUAUAUGGAGUUGCUCUCCUCUCAGAUAUGAUAUUGUCGCCAGCCAGCGAGGCAUUGACUGGCAUGCAGCCCUGGUGGCCGGCUCGCUUUGGAUUGAUUGCUUUUAUCAUGGCACUGUUGGCAACCUGGCUGGUUCUUCCAGAAACCAUGGAAAUGUCUGAAGUUGUACACAGCAUCCGACUGGAAGAAGAGGAACCCGAGGAGGAAGAUGACCCGGUGGUUUACUCUGACGUUCGGAAGAGCACUUUCUGGAGACGAUCGAGAAAGAUCGUUUCGAGGCUGCAAGACCUCAGACUCCUGAUAGCUUCGCGCCAGCUCCUUUUGCUGGUACCCCUGUUGUCAGUUGGCCAACUGUAUGACCAAUCAGCCGACUUUUUCAAGAAUUACAUUUCGCAACGAUAUGGCUGGCGAAUGUCCCAGGCAAGCUUCUGGUUGACGUACCGCAAUGUCGUCAACCUCAUCCUAUUGAGUACAAUACUCCCGGCGGUAAGCGAGAUGCUUCUGCGCCGCAAUUUCAAUGGUGGUCAAAAAGACAAGUGGAUCUCUCGUGCGAGCAUUGUUUGUCUCGCUUUGGGGGCUUUUGUGAUUGGGCUAGCCCCGAUUAUGUCCAUCAUGGUCACCGGAUUGACCAUCUUUGCCCUAGGACAUGGCUUUGUCCCCGCUGCUCUGAGCCUAGCGACCCCAUUCAUCGAACCGGGUCAUAUCGGAAUGCUGUACACGGCGAUGACCAUUGGCGAGGCGAUCGGAAAGCUCGCCAACGAGCCCGCUCUCAUGGGCGCGUUCGAGCUGGGAAUGAGAGUUGGCGGCUUGUUGCUUGGCUUGCCGUUUGUGGCCACCGGUAUCAUGUUGACUAUCGCGGGCAUCAGUGUGUUUGCUAUACAGCCGCCUUUGCCGGCGACCCAUUUGGACUGA